AUUUCCUUGAAAAUAUUGAAUUUGAUGUAGCCCAGCAAGAGGCCACAGCUCAGAGUCGAGAUCCUCUUAAGGAGGUAGGCCUUUCUCCAGUGCAACAGGAGGCCCCUGCUGGGCCACCAGAGCCCUCUAAGGAGGUUGAACCAUCCCACCAGGAGAAUCCAGGUACCCCAGGGGAGGCACAACCUUCUCCAGUUCUGGAGGAGGUCCCUGCUCAGGCUGCAGAGCCCUCUGUGGUGGUGGAAUCCUCACCAACACAGCAGUUGGCCCCAGCUCAGCCUCCAGAGCCAUCUAAGGAAGUUGUAGGUCAACCUCCAAUGAAUUACGAGAUGACGGUUCCAACACCAAGUCAGGAUCAAGCUCCGAAUCCAACACCCAGUAGCACAGUUCAACCUUUGGACGUGGAGGUUACCAUAACUCCAGAACCCAGUGUGGAGGCUGAACAUUCUACCGCCCAAAAGAAGACUACAGCGCCUUCUGCAAAGUCCCCCAAAAUAACAUAUCCACGUCCAGACUAGGUGCAGACUCAGCAUCCGAACCCGACUCCAGUCACAGCUCAACCUUUCGAUCUGGCAAUUACCAUAACUGCAGUACCCACUAUGGAGGCUGAAUAUUCUACAGCCCUGGAGAAGAGUACAGCUCCACAUCCACCCCAGGCCCAGACUCAGCAUCCAAAGUUGACGCAAGUCACAGUUAAACCUUUGGACCUGGAACUUACCAUAACUACAGAACAUACUACAGAGCUGAAAGCUUCUCCUACCAGGCAGGAGACCACAACUCAGCCUCCAGAAACAUCUAAGGAGGUUGUAGCUCAACCUCCAGUGUACCAGGAGGUGAAAGUUUCAAAACCAGGUCAGGAUCAAGUUCAGCCACCAAGGUCACCCAAUGUUGCAGUUUGGCCUUCAGACCUGGAGCUGACUGUAACUUCAGUAUCUACUACAGAGUCUGACCAUUCCACAGCCCUGGAGAAGAGUACAGCUCCACAUCCACCCCAGGCCCAGACUCAGCAUCCAAUGCGGAGCCAGAGCAUCGUCUGUGAAGCACCUGGGCUCCGCGGAGACCACUGUGCUGGUUCCUCUUCGCUGCCACUUCAGCCGCUGCCGCUGCCACCGGAGGAUCGGCCGUCUAUUGUCUUUCCCCGUGGAGAAAGUGCAGAGCUGCUCCAGCUUGGCCC